GUUGCCUGUAUGUUGAUGAUGAUGGUGAUGAUGAUGAUGAGGGAGUCAGAUGCAUUGCCGAGAAGUCAUCUGGGGAAAACAGGGGGCCACUCUCGGCACUCUCCAAAGACGCACAAGAAAUCCUCAGAUCCCACUGACGCCGGUUCACAGACGGUCUCUUUGCAGCUGGACACAAGUGCUCUGGUUCUUCCUCGCUCUAUCAGACCCCUGUGGAACCACUCCAUCUCCCCCUGGACUUACAACACAUCUUAUGAUGCAGAUCGUUUCCCUCCUUUCAUCAGCGAGGCCAAGUGCUCCCUGCAGGGCUGUUUGAAUAUGGAGGGUACUGAGGACCUGAGCCUGGAGUCCAAACCCAUCUGGCACCAGAUACUAGUUCUGAGAAGGGUGGCGGGAUCUGACGAUGAGACCUACCACUACCGCCUGGAGUCCCGGCUUAUCUCCGUGGGCUGCACUUGUGUCAGACCCAGUGUCCGGCACCAGCACUGA